AUGAUGAGCCUGAUCCUGAAUCUGACCCUGAUUCUGACCCUGAGUCCUAUCUUGGGACUAAUCCUGAGGCAGACCCUGAGUCUGAUCCUGACUUUGUUCCGGAGUCUAAUCCUGAGUCUGUUCCUGAGUCUGUUCCUGAGUCUGAUCCUGAGUCUGACCCUGAGUCUGACCCUGAGUCUGCUUCUGAGUCUAAUCCUGAGUCUGUUCCUGAGUCUGUUCCUGAGUCUGAUCCUGAGUCUGUUCCUGAGUCUGAUCCUGAGUCUGUUCCUGAGUCUGUUCCUGAGUCUGCUUCUGAGUCUAAUCCUGAGUCUGUUCCUGAGUCUGUUCCUGCAUCUGUUCCUGAGUCUGUUCCUGAGUCUGUUCCUGAGUCUGAUCCUGAGUCUGUUCCUGAGUCUGUUCCUGAGUCUGUUCCUGAGUCUGACCCUGAGUCUGUUCCUGAGUCUGACCCUGAGUCUGACCCUGAGUCUGUUCCUGAGUCUGUUCCUGAGUCUGAUCCUGAGUCUGAUCCUGAGUCUGUUCCUGAGUCUGUUCCUGAGUCUGACCCUGAGUCUGUUCCUGAGUCUGACCCUGAGUCUGUUCCUGAGUCUGAUCCUGAGUCUGAUCCUGAGUCUGACCCUGAGUCUGAUCCUGAGUCUGUUCCUGAGUCUGUUCCUGAGUCUGAUCCUGAGUGUGAUCCUGAGUCUGUUCCUGAGUCUGUUCCUGAGUCUGAUCCUGAGUCUGUUCCUGUGUCUGUUCCUGAAUCUGAUCGUGAGUCUGAUCGUGAGUCUGUUCCUGAGUCUGUUCCUGAGUCUGCUUCUGAGUCUAAUCCUGAGUCUGUUCCUGAGUCUGAUCCUGAGUCUGAUCCUGAGUCUGUUCCUGAGUCUGUUCCUGAGUCUGCUUCUGAGUCUAAUCCUGAGUCUGUUCCUGAGUCUGUUCCUGAGUCUGAUCCUGAGUCUGAUCCUGAGUCUGUUCCUGAGUCUGAUCCUGAGUCUGAUCCUGAGUCUGAUCCUGAGUCUGUUCCUGAGUCUGUUCCUGAGUCUGUUCCUGAGUCGGACCCUGAGUCUGUUCCUGAGUCUGACCCUGAGUCUGUUCCUGAGUCUGUUCCUGAAUCUGUUCCUGAGUCUGAUCCUGAGUCUGAUCCUGAGUGUCUGA